CAGAGACCGCGCAAAUUUCCUCUCCACGUAAGACUUUGCACGUUUCUCACUCACACCUAGCCACCUCUCUAACCCCCUGAGAUCAGAGCUCCGGUGUCGCUUUCGGGGUCUCUCAGCUGAGAUUCGCGCCAGCUCCGCAUCCCGUCGGAUCAGUCUUCCCACGCCACUCGUCGCUGUGGUUGAUAUUUGCGAUAGGAUACCAAACUCUGGAUCUCCCUAAUACUCUCUGCCGAUUUCCAACGACAUCUCCGGUUGAUACCGCUUUCGAGACCUCACUAUCCCUACGCUGGCCGUCAAGGAUGCGCGAAGCGCAUGUGAUCGGAGUGACAAACAAGAUCUGAUUCUCAAGGCUCCAAUACGAGCUGCCAUAAUUGUUUCUGAUCUCGAUAAUUGGAUUUCCUCGUCGGCUUGUUUGCGGCGUCUUUCACUGAGGAGAGUGGUGUACGCACUGGGCGAUCGAUUCGCAGGGAACCUGCUUUGCGAUGGCUUCGGAUACAACCGUGCCGGCAGAUGGCCAGGCCGACGGCUCAUCUGAAUACAAGGUAGAUGUCACCAAUCCUUAUGAGACUGAUCCCGAACGCCUACCCGAAGAUGAUCCCUUUCGGCGGCGCAGUGCGCACUACGGUCGCUAUAAGCCGCGGGAUGAUGAUUUUGCACCUCGUUACACUGAUUGGUGCGGACCGGACACAGAAGCGAAACAGUACUGGGAAGACACCGUGAAGUCUUUAUGGACACCGGAAAACUCACUGCAUGUGCCGGGUGGGAGGCAAGUGUAUGCUGCUGGCAGCAUAAUCAUCAGAGUCGACCACGAAGAGUCAAUCGGUGCGGCAGCUGAACGGUUCUCAUCUCUGAAUGAGAAUGAGCUGAGCGCGUCAAGAAAUGCAGAGGACAUACUGAGAGAGAUGGGAGUUGCUGUACCAACAAUCUAUUUUUGCGGCACGGUAGCAGGGAAGAAUGUGACGGUGGAGGCUAGAAUCCCUGGCGUUUCUCUUGAUGUUGCGUGGAAGUACCUUGCAGCCGAGCAGGUUGAGACGUUGAAACAGCAGUGUCGUCGUGUAUCGGAACGACUCAGUACGAUCGAUACUCCCCCGCAACACCCGUCCUACCUCUGCAGCAAACUCAAUCCGCAACACCCUUCCGAUCUCGUAGGGCUGGAACAAAAAACGCUAUUCAAGGAGGCCGAAGCGUCAGAGAACUUUUUAUUCGUUCACAAUAAUAUGCUUCUUUCAAACGUUAUCGUGAACAAUGACAAGGUAGUCGGUCUGACUGGUUGGCGAGAUAGCGGUUACUUUGGUUUUCAGCGAGCAAGCAAAGUACAUCGGGGAGUACGGGUUCCGCAGAUUGCUUCAAUAAAGGAGCUGGGGGCCAGUCUUGAGGAUCUCGACCCCUGGGACGACCUUUACAAAGGUCUCCAGGAGCCUGUGGCGGGAAUUACUUCUACCGAGGAGCACAGCGCACCUGCUUCCUCAGUGAAGGCUGAACCCCAAAAUAUGGACUUGGAUGGAGUCCCUCUCAAUGCUGAAGCGGAUAUCAAGCCAGUGCCACCGCAUCUUGGCGGCACAGAUUUGCCCGAGGAGCAUCCAACCCCCAAGAAGGUUGCCAGCCUCAAGAACCAAGGGAACUCAAGGGCAUCAUCAUUAGACCGGUCUUCACCAGCUAACUCCACGAAAGGCCCAGCCAAACGGGCCGCUCCCGCAGCAACAAAGAAAGGUAUCGGAAGAAAGCCUGCGCCCAAAAAACGGAAGCUUGACGACCAGGAUAACGAGAGCGUGGGCAGUCGCCGGUCCCAGACACCGUUACCUUCCCGUCCUAGCAAGGCACUUGGGAUGAAAAAGGGGGGCUCUGCGUCGUUGGCAAACUCGCCGGCGCCUGAAAGCAAGAAGAAAGGCACUAAAAAAGCCGCAUUGAAGGAGGACCAACAGGAACCAGAGGAGCAAGAGGAGGAGGAAGACGACGAGGACGAUUCCGACAGCAACGAAACCUUCUGUAUUUGUCGAAAGCCCGACAACCACACUUGGAUGAUCGCCUGUGAUGGCGUUUGCGACGAUUGGUAUCAUGGAAAAUGCGUCAACAUUGACCCCCGAGACGCCGAACUUAUUGAGAAAUACAUAUGCCCUAACUGCAAAGCACAAGGGCAUGGAUGGACUAUCUGGAAGCCAAUGUGCAGGCUGAAAGAGUGCCGUAAGCCUUGUCGCUUCGACAAGAGAAACCUCAGCAAGUACUGCUCCGACGAGCACGGGCUGGAGUUUAUGCGCCAAAAAACCCAGCACCUUAAUUUAUCCUCUCAGCUAGCGAAGCCAAAGUUUAUUCGCAGGGCGGCUUUCAAUGGAUUCCUUAAUCCUAGGGAUGAUGAUAGCGAGUUUGAGGGAUCCCAUAUUGAAGAUGAAGGAGAUGACAAUAUGGCAGACCUUGGAAGCAGAGGCGGGGUUCUCACUGCCGGGGACCUUACAGCUGUCAUAAUGGGAGUCGUGUCAGCGGCCGAAUUUCGCAAACUAGGCGCACACAUUGUCGCGCCUCUACCGGAAGAAGAAAAUGACGAUGCGGAAACGAAGUCAGUCAAGAAGCUCGGUCUAGAUGUUGGCGUCGAUGGCCUUGGUUACUCGCCUGACGAGGCGGAGAAACUCGAAAAGCUGCGCAAGCGGCGUGAUGACUUAUUCCAUCGCAGAGAUAUGCUAGAAGCACGCAGUAACUUCCUCACCCUUGUCCGUCAGAGAUCGAAGAGCAUUCUCGAGGUCUUGAAGAAAAAAGAUCCCAAAGGUGGAUGGAAAGAUAUUUGCGGCUUUGAUACAAGACUGGCUUGGGCUGACGACGAAUUCGACGAAUGGAGGCUGUCGGACACAGGCAGAAAGGCGUUAGAGGAGGGCACGCCUGAAGCGCUUGCUUCAAGCUACCCCGGCACUGACGCUGAUGGCGACACGAAUAUGGAGGACGAUAAUGCCCACGAGUUUGCGAGUCUUACCCGAGGAGUCUGCACCAAGAAACGAUGCGAGAGGCACAAGCAAUGGCUUAAGGUCCAACAACAGGACGCUGCGUUUGAAGAAGUAACGCUUGUCGAUGACCUCGCAGAGUGCGAAAGAGAGGCCAAAGGGGUGGUGGAAAGAGCCGUUCUCAGAAUGUGGGCUGAGAACGGAAACAUGCAAAAUGGCCACUAAAAGCUAUCUUGUCUUCUGGUCGAUUCUGAUACCAUUCUUUCCGGGAGAGAAAGGAUUGCAUUUCAGCGUUGGAUUUGCUUAAUGGUUGGUUUGAUCACUGGGUGCAUAAGGAUGGCGUAUUCUGGCUGGUGACAGGAAUAUAAGAACCCAUAUUUCUUUCGUCAUAGAUAGCGUGUAUAAUAAAGUAUAUCGCCGGGUGCCUCGUGUAGUGCGUCCGGCGGCGUCGUGCCUUCACUGAUGUCUUCGAAACUGAGUAAACUUAUGUCCUAGUACUGCUCCACGUACACCAUUUCCCAACACCACUACCCACCCGAUCCUUAAUCACCUCGACCACAGGGACGUUCCUUGUAUUCGACAUCAAAAGAUGUGUGUCAAUACCUUGGUCAAGCGUCCGCAUUAACAGGCUCGGAAAGAGAGGCCCAUCCGUUACGGAAAACAUCGACUGAAGCCCAUCAGCCGGAGCUUGCUGGGAUCCGGGAUCCCUCUGACUCUGUGGCAGCCUUCCUUCAGAGUUAUCACGGACUAUCGGCCCAACACCGCUUGUGUUCACAAAUAGGAUAGACAGGUCGGGCCGAUGCAUACGGGAUAGCUGGGUUGAUGUCCGCAGCGCACUGCUCAAGACGGCCGUGCCCCUCAUGGCGUUCGACGCUCGGAUCACAGCCUCCGUGAGCGUGUCGAGACCGGCGACUAUGAGGGUCAUUGAGUGGCCGGUGUCCGGUGGAGUGCUGUGCUGAUUCUCAUUUCCAUGCUCGUGGUCAUGAUCGUCUUGGGGUUGGUGAGCUUGCCAUGUCUUGCGUAGGAUGUCAGAGACUUCGUCAAUAGCCUGUACGGCGGCAGCAAAGUCGAAUACCGGGAAAAGCUGAACAGAGUCAAGAUAUGAAAUCGCCUGUGCGCGUGAGAGAGGGGGUUGUUGGUUGGAUAGUAGUGAGGCGAGAAGUUUCUCGGGCGAGAAGAUGGUUAGAUUUGCAGGAUGGAUUAUGAACGUCCUGUUUUGAGAUUUUGGUGUACCGAUAGUGGAAGCAGUACGCCGGAGCCAGUCUGUCAGAAGGCGUCGGGGGAGCUGAAAGUGUGGUUAGUAGUCGUUUGCAAUACAAUCGAUG